GUUGUUCUGCUGUUUCUUCCGCCGGCCACUACCGUUCUCAGUGGCGCCUACCUACGCACAGUUAUCGUUCGUGCUAUAAUUUUUUUUGUUUAUGCAGAGGAUUUGCUCUAUUAAGCCCCUGCCAACAUGAAACUCGUCAGGUUUUUGAUGAAGCUGAGCCAUGAAACAGUCACAAUUGAGCUGAAGAAUGGCACCCAAGUACACGGCACCAUUACAGGUGUGGAUGUGAGUAUGAACACUCACCUGAAAGCAGUCAAAAUGACCCUGAAGAACAGAGAGCCCUCACAGCUGGAAUCCCUCAGUAUCCGUGGCAACAACAUCCGCUACUUCAUCCUUCCAGACAGUCUGCCCCUAGACACCCUGCUGGUGGACAUUGAACCCAAAGUCAAGUCCAAGAAGAGAGAGGCUGCGGCUGGUCGCGGCCGUGCCCGGGGAAGAGGCCGUGGACGAGGAAGAGGACGUGGCAGAGGUGGUCCCAGGAGAUAAUCGAUACAAGCCCAUUCUGUGUUUUUGUACACUCACUGUUUGUACAGGAUUUCUUUUUAAUUUUGUCAGCUGAGGAAAUAUUUGUUUUAUUUUUUUCAUUUUCUUUCUAUCCCCAGUUAACAUUUUUGUAUAUUAAACCAUGCUCUGAACCAGAAGGGUCUUUUUGUUUUCCUUUGUUAAUGAUGGAAUGGUUUUUGCUAAAAUAAAAAACAAAAAUGAAA